AACCAUCAUCCACCCCCUCCUCCUCCUCUCCUCUCUCCACUUCUAUCUCAGCUCUGCGAAGAAGGCAAACGAGGAAACCAAGGAUUGAUGUGUUGCUUGAAAUUUAAUAUUUUUUGCGCACGUCCCCAACGACCGCCGGCUUUGCUAAAAAAAAAAAAAAAAAUCAUUGCUUUUGAUGAUUUUUAUGUGAUAACAGUACAUAGCUGUGUGUGUACAGUAUGUGCGCUCGUUGUGCUCCGGUUGGCCGUGAUAUAACCGUCUAGGAUCGUUUGGAUGUUGAAGGAAGAGGCUCUAACGCUCCGGGAAGCUUCGUCCAUCCCUCCGUGUCCUCCUCAUUCCUGCGACCGGCUGCAUGACCGGUGAUGCUCGGACUCGUCGCCUGGAUGCGCCCCUCUCUUCGCGGUGUGCCGUCGGUACCGCUGCCUGUAUCCCCCUAUAGCAGAUUUCCACUGUCGCCGGAGAAAGGUCUAGGGACCACAUAUGGAAACUGGGGAUCAGAAUUUUAGAAAAAAGGAAAACUAAGCAGGCUGUCGUUUGAUUUUCAUAACUUAAUAUUUUUCCCUCGUCUUUUUGGCUUGAUUUUUUUAAUUUAGGGGAAACGGGUUGAUCGUCCCUGGUUGGUUUAUUUUCCUUCAUCUUUUAAGGAAUGGCUGGUUUUCAUUGCAGUCAUGGUACCGGCUGAUUAUUUGGCAUUAUUUAUCAUUCUGUCCUUGAUUUGGGGGAGCGUUUGAUUCUGCUGGUUUGAAUUUGUUCUUUCAUUUCUUUCAGCACAUCCAGUCCUUGUUUUUUUUCAACAUAUUUUGGGCAUUGCCUGUCUGUCUUGCCUGUCUCCCUAUUUCCAAAAUACAUGUGAUAGCCUGAUUCUUCAGAAAUGCUAUGGAGAUGAACCUCCAUAAUUCACUGGUCCACUGGGUUACAUCAAGUUAGUCAGAUCUAAUCCUGAAUUGUGUCAUCAUAUGUUGGAGGUCUCUGCUUUUGCCUUUUUUUGGGGCCAUUUUAAAGAAAUUAGGCCACCAACUGUGUUAGUCUUAACCACCCUCCACCCCCACACCCCAGUGUUUCUUCAUCCCUUUUCAGUAUGAAUUAAUUCACACUGCAUGUAUGUGUGUGCUCGUCCAUGUACAGGUGUGUGUGUGAGUGAAAGUUUGGCUCUGUGAGCAAGUGUAUGUGUGUGUCUAUGUAUGACCCGAAAAAUUAGUGUAGGCUUUAUGUGACGGCCUAUGUGGGAAAAAAUCAAGAGCUACAUGCACAUCAUUCCAUACAUCACCGUUGAAGCUGUGAGGAUUGUUAUACAUGUAACUGCUUUAGUCAGCUUAGAGCGCCGAAUUCAGGCCUGAGACAACGACAGAGAAACAGAACAAAAUCCUCCAUCUUCUCAUUAUCUCGGCCUUUUUCAGAGUUUGACAUUUAGAGGCCUUCCAACUCAACAAAGUAGGCCUAGAACCCAGACCAGGUCUCUUGUGGAAUCUGCUAGAAGCCUGUGUUUUUAGGUCAACUUUUUUCCAAAGCAGGGCAACUUACUGCCACUUGAGGACUAGAAUUUGGAAACCUCUGUAGCUGAGAGUUCUGUCAUCCUCGCCAAAGACUGUUUGACUCGUCUUUUGGGCCAAACAGCCACCUAUUGUCCCUAAACCUCACCCUAACCCUAACCCCCUCAUCUUAAUUUUCACCUGUUUGCUGUCCCACCCCAAAACCAACCAUACGAUUUCCCCCGAGCUCCCCUAAUUCCCCCGCCCCCCCAGCGGCCCCCCGCUACCGUCGUCCACCCGACACUGCCCACCCCCCGUUUUCCGAGCUGGCGUGGCGACGCAAACUCACAAAUAUUUACUUCCUGUACAUCAAGAGGAAAGGGGGCCCCCCUUUCGUGGAAUGUGGCAACAUGGGCGUGUUUGACCGCGGAGUUCAGAUGCUGCUGACCACGGUAGGGGCCUUCGCCGCCUUCAGUCUUAUGACCAUCGCCGUGGGGACAGACUACUGGCUGUACUCACGCGGCGUCUGCAAGAUCAAGAGCACCAACGAGAAUGAGACCAGCAAGAAGAACGAGGAGGUGAUGACGCACUCGGGCCUCUGGAGGACCUGCUGCCUGGAAGGAUCUUUUAAAGGCAUGUGUAAGCAGAUAGAUCACUUCCCAGAGGAUGCUGACUAUGAGGCGGAUGCUUCCGAGUACUUCCUACGUGCUGUACGAGCCUCCAGUAUCUUCCCUAUCCUGAGUGUGAUCCUGCUCUUCAUGGGGGGGCUGUGCAUCGCCGCCAGCGAGUUCUACAAGUCACGCCACAACAUCAUCCUCAGCGCCGGCAUUCUCUUCGUCUCCGCAGGCCUGAGCAACAUCAUAGGAAUCAUUGUGUACAUAUCAGCCAAUGCUGGGGACCCUUCCAAGAGUGACUCCAAGAAGAACAGCUACUCCUACGGCUGGUCCUUCUACUUUGGCGCCCUCUCCUUCAUCAUGGCCGAAAUGGUGGGCGUGCUGGCCGUGCACAUGUUCAUCGACCGCCAUCGGGAGCUGCGCGUGGGGGCGCGAGCUGCCGACUACCUCCAAGGUGCGGCCAUCACGCGCAUCCCCAGCUACCGCUACCGCUAUCGACGCCGCUCACGCUCUUCGUCACGCUCUACAGAUCCCUCACACUCCCGGGAGGCAUCACCGGUGGGCCUGAAGGCCUUUGGGGCACUGCCCUCCACCGAGCUAUCCAUGUACACGCUACCCAAGGGCCAAACGGGCACCCCGACAGCCACCUAUAACUCCACGGAGAGGGACCACAACUUCCUGCAGGUCCACAACUGCAUCCAGAAGGACAUGAAAGACUCAGGCGGCCACAGCAACACCGCCAACCGACGCACCACACCUGUAUGAAACUGAUAGAGGGUUCUCAGACACAAAAAAAUCAGAGGGAAUUUGGGGGGAAGGCAAAAGACAGAUCAUGGUGUAAGGAGAUGGAAAGAGGCUUAAAUGGAUAGAUGGAGUGAGGGGUAAGACAGAAGGGAACUUCUGAGCGCUCCACAGCACCUCAGAUGAUCACUGAGUUCCUGUUUAAAAAAAAAGGAAACUGAGAAAAAAUGCAUAAAAAAAGAAACAUGCAUGAUUUUCCCAUCUACCAUUGUUUAACAAGUUUUGAACAUGUUUGUAAAGAUUUGAGGGGGAGGAUGGGCAAAGAAGAGUCGGGAGGGGGGGGUGGGGGGCGGCCAGUGGUUGUCUGUCUCGGGGCUGUGGAGCCGUGGAGUGGUGGGCUGGGCCAGACUGCCCGUUAAAACGUGAACUUUAUAUUUUUUACUCUUCCUCAGUCUGAUGAAAAGGGGGCUUAGUUGACCCCUCGGCCCUGCCUAUGAUCCCGCCCUCGCACUACCAUCCCACAAGCCCCCCAACACACACCCUAACCUCCCUUAAACCCCACUCCUUUCUUUAGUUGCUGUAUCUUCUUGAUUUCAUUCUUUAUUCGCAUUAAUACUGUGAACCAUUGCGGUGUGGGAUUUAGCAGGGAACAAUUCAGGCCGCAAAAAAAGAAAAAAAAAGAAAAAACACAAGUUAAUAUAUGUAUUGAUUAUAUAUGAAUAUAUAUGUUAAUAAAUCAUGACUAGACUUCCCUGGCGCAAAAAUAUCAACAAGAAAAAAAAAAAGAAAACAAAGUAACCUACAAGUGAAACUAAAUCAAGUCGUCAUGGAAACUAAACCAAGACGGAGGAUUCACCGUGACUGGCUCAUUUGACGGGCAAAGGCUUCAGCCUACUUGAUACACUGAUAUUGGUUAGUAUUAGACACAUCAUCACAUUCUUUUACAACAAAAAAAAUCUUUUGGCCUUCCGCCGAAACCCUGGCAGCCAUCGUUGUUCAGGGUCAACUAAAGUUGACCUUACUUUUUUUGCUCCAUGAAGGGGCGGAGUGAAGAGCGAACUCUGGGUAAUCGAGGAUCUCUCAGCAAACUUGAAGAAGACUGUGGACAAUGAAAUGUCACUACUGCCAAAGACACAAAGUAGUGCGUGAGAGAACAUGGCUACCAGCGAGGUGAAGCUAAGUGACUCCAAAAAAUUAAGAAUUUACAUGCAUGCUAAUCAAAAUCAUCCGAUCUGCUUUUAAGGAACCUAUGUUUUGAACAACUGAACAAUACCAUGUAAGGGCAGUGGGAUGACAAAGUAGAAAUCAAUGUUACAGUACUGUGUCUACUUCAAUUUUUCUUUCUUUUCUUUUGAGUGGGUAAUUUGGGGUGGAGCUUCAUUACGCUUGAAACAAAAAGAACAAACCUUGGAGAACGUAUCAAGGCUUUUUUUAACAGAAGAAAAUCUUAUCUUGCCUUUUCAUUUACUUUUAUUUUCUCAGUUCCUUUGAACUCUCACACAGCCUUAGACUUUUUCUUUGUCUCAUUUUUCUCGUUUGGUUUUGCGUUGUGUUGUUGUAAAUGAGAAUUUUAAAAAAGCGUAAUGUCUUUCAAGGUGCCAAAACUGAAUGAUUCUGAACUUGGAUGCAUCAAGUCCUGAUGACGAAUAAAAAUUGAACCCCCCCGUAGGGAACAGAAUGA